UAUGGAAACAUGCUACGCUCAUCCCGUUUACCACAUCACUGCGAAAUCACAGAUAUUCUGAUAUCUUUUAUAAAUAUAUUCCUCAUUCGUCGAAUUGGGUUUUUUUCCUGUGAUUAGCAAAAAACGACUUAGUGAUUCUUCUAUUGAUAUGUGAAAUAGCUGAUGAAUUCUGUAAUUUUUCGGAAUAAGUGAAUUGGUUAUACGAUUCUGCUGUUGAUAUCUUGAUACUUUUCGAUUCUGUCCACUUGAUAAGAUUCAGGUUAUUUAUGCUUGAUAGUUAAGCCUAUGGAUGCUUAAAUUGAAAGGAAACAAUCAAGGAAUUUCGGAAUCAAUUCUAGAUUAUCAUAUAGCUAAGCCCCAUUUUAAAUAAGUUUGAAAUUUCUUUUUACUUGAUCUAAAUCUGUAGAUUCAGAGACAGAACUACGCCAUCUAAAAUUCAUAAAUUUUAACGAACUAUCUGAACAUGAGAUGACAAUAUAACGCAUAUCUGGUAUUCAAACGGAGUGUCGUAAAGUUAGACAUUUUCAUUUGAGCAAGGCAUAAUAGUCAUUUAGAUAUAAUAAAUUCAUCUAAUUACCAAGUUUUUACUUUAAAAAAUGAUACUUAGUCUACUCAAAUGGUUUCGUGAGACUUUUUACAGAUCGGAUUCAGAUGCAGAAAACGAAUCAUUAAAGAAAAAUUCAGCUUUGGAUCUGAAGUUUUUUCCCAAAUCUUACUAUCAGCGUGUUUACAUGAACUCAGAAAUAUAUUAUAAAAUUAUCUUCAAUGAAGGAAUAGUACUUACUUUAUCAGACUACAGAAGAUAUUUCUUAAACUCGGGAAUUCAGACUCUAUUCGAUUGCAUCGUAGAUGAAAUGUUCGAAAUAAAUUCUGAAGAAUCAGAGUUUAUUGCAAAAUUAACGCUUUGGAGGUUAAAGGAUGACCGAUUCGGAGAAAAUAUGUUCAAAAGCUUCAGUGGUCAAAAACUGAAAUACUUUUUGCAUCAUUAUCACCGUGCGCUGCAUCAAUUACAUAAAGAAACUGGGAAUUGGUCAUUUGAUCCAUUAUCUUUGGUUAUGUCAGAGUGUUAUAGCCCAUUACAUGAAAGUUUUAAGGAGGGAAAUUUUGAAAUGUUAUCUAUAAUUUUAAAUAGUGGAUAUAGAUUGGAAUUUAAUGACACUAAAAGGCUAUUCUACACUUCCUUCUCUUGCAACAGAGGACAAAGACGUAUUGCUAACUUCGAGUAUUUGAUCAGAAUUAAUACAUUCCUGACAAUCAGAAAAUAUUUGAGAACAUUGGAGAAAAGGAAAAGAAUUGAUGACAACUCAACCAUAUAUAAAUUGAGUGAUCUGUGUUUUCAAGUUGAAGACAGAGAAACAGAACGUCAUGAUCGCUUCAAAGCAUUCCAGGAAAUUUUUUUCUGUUUAAAAGAAGCUUCAUUGGCCGAUAUGUCAGAAGAAUUUGAAAAUCGUCAUGCCACAACAACAAGAAAGUGCUCACUUCAAGUGAGGAGGAAUUUCUUAAUUCUUCAAACACUCCAUGCAUUUGCCAGUAAUUAUUGCGAACAGAAAAGGAUGCUGGAAACUUUAGAUCUAAUUUGGAGAUCUAUACCUGAUACAUAUGUUAAUCCAUUCGAGUUGAUGAAUAUUCUUUAUGAGGGUCGAUAUUUCGUGAAAAAAGAAAGUGUUUCUUUGACUCAAGAAGAAUAUGCCAAAAGUGAAAUUCUCGGAUAUAACAAUAUCGCAAACCCUAGAUCUUUGAAACAUCUUUGCCGAUGCGAAAUAAGACAUUGCCUCGCAAAAAACCAUCAGUUACCUAAUGGAGUGCAUGCUUUAAUCAUGCCAUCAGAACUCAAAUCUUUUUUGCUGUUAGAACGAUGAAACCGGAGUACAAUUUGUUUAUUUCUGAAAUUGAUGGUUUACUUAAUAUUAAUAGACGAUAAAAACUAAGUACAGUGCUCAAAAAAUACACAAAAACGUAGUUUUUCUGAAUAAACAUACUUUUUUUUCGUUGGAUUCAGAUUUCUGCCUCGAAAAUAAAGGGUGUAGCCAUGAUCUGGGAAAUAUUGUCUUAAUAGUUUGGUCAAGAGAGCGAUCCAAAGUUUUGACCCCUUAAUGUUAAUUUAAUUUUUUUUUUUCGUAUUUCACCAUAUCUCGAGAAAUCUUUUAACAGACUGAAGAAUUAAUAUUAAUAUUACAUUACAUUAUUAAAAUUAUAUUAAAAAUUAACAUUAUUGAAAAUUAAUUGAACAUUAAGGGGUCAAAACUUUCGACAGCUGUCCUGACCAAAUUAUUGGAACCAUAUUUCCCAGAUUGCGGCUACUCCCUAUCUCUUAAAAAGCAGAAAUCUGAAUCAGAUAUGUUUGAUUAGAGAAAAUACAUUUUUGUACUUCAUAACUUAAAAUAUCGUCUACUUAAUAACUUCAUAACUUAAAAUAUCGUCUAAAUAAUUAACAUAUUUAAAGUCGCCCCCUCGACCCAUUAAGAUUGAAUCCCAGAACGUGAAGAUCCAAUCAUUGGAUAAAAAGUUAUUCAGGGUUGUCCAUUUUUUUUCUUCCUGGCGCACUGUUCUUAUGCAAAUUGUUUCACUAUGCAAUGCAUGUAAAACAAACAAUUCGUUAUUUCUUCACAAUGAUUUUUAAAACUAAAAAAAAGGAAUAAAAAUAUAUAAACGAGUACUAAGCGUAUUUCAACCUAUUUUGGACUUUUGAUCAAAAAUUUAUCUUAAACACAAAAAUCGAAAAUUAUCUAUGCAAGUAUGUAAAAUUGUUUUACGAUGCAAUGCAUAUAAACAAACUCUUUUACAUUUUUUCGAUGAUUUUUAAAGCUAAUCUAUGAACCUAAGUGCGUUUUAUUCAAAUCACUCUCAAAUAUUAAAUUAUAUCUAACUCUGGAAUUUUAAAUGUGUGAGCCUAUUUAUAUAUAAUUUCAGUUGUACUGUUUGUUCAUUAAAGAUGUUUAACUGAA